AUGGCUUUUCAGAGCAGUGUUCUCCGAGAUGGCGAGUGGGUGACCGAGACGGUCAACUUCCAGGACGCCUUGAAAGCCUCAACCGCACCCAAACUCGCCGCAGAGCCUCGUCCUGAGGUGCCAACUUGCGGCAUCCUGUCCAGCACCGUUGUCGAGAGCCCUAUUAUUCAUUGGAUUUUCCCCGUGCGACUCCGGUCUCAGUGCUCCAACGAUGUUGCCUUUAUCGGCGACCGCUUCGUUCAAAUCAGCGAACUUCGCGAAGAUGGACAAGCUCACGAAAUCAUUAGGAAAUCCGACUUUGGCACCAGAAUUCGAAAUGCCGUUGUCCUUGGCUCACCCCCUCCGGACGGUUUCGACAACCACCCUUCCAGGCUGAUCAAGCCGGAGGAUUCUGAUGUCCUUAUGAAAGAUGCCACGAAACCCCCUGGAACCGAACGGCCACGGCAUCUCCCUCCCCAGCUGCUCGUCUUAGCACUCGAGUCUGGGGAUUGUGUCUUCCUCUUCAUCCGGGAGCGCGCCGAUGGUACCCCCGAGAUCAUCACUACCAGGUAUGAAAGCCCGAGGAAUCUUAAGUACCUGGGCUUCCAUUUUGCCGCGAGCCCGACAUCACACUACAUUGCUGCCGCUUCCGCUGAAGGCGCAUUUGUCGUGUAUGAACUGGAAUCGUUAGAGACCCUGAGUGCUCAGUACAUGCGCGAUGGAUCAUUCAAACCCGUCAAAUCGAUUCGCAUUCGCCCAGUCAAUGGCGUGAUCAGCAAGAUGGAGUUCUUGCACCCUAAGCUAAAUGAUGACUAUCACAUUAACUUGCUCCUCGUCAUAGCCCGACGAGACGGGAAUCAUCAUGCCCACACCUCCUUCCUAGCUCAUUACGAAUGGGAGCUUGGUGACGACCUCAAGUCCGUUUUCGCCCAGGAGAAGCCAGGCUCCCGCCUCCCAGACGAGCAUCAAAUGCCCCUGCUGAUGAUUCCUCUGCGAUUCAACACGGCGUUUCUUGUCGUUUCUGAGGAGUCUAUAGGUAUGGUCAAAUGUACCAUGGAGGGGCCGACCGGCUUCGAGGCGCUGGUUACUAAUGCUCCUGGCCCAACAAAACUGCAUCAUGGAGCCGGUGAGCCGCUCUGGACUGCAUGGUCGAGGCCAUUUCGUCGACGGGAAUAUUUCGAGAAGAAGGAUAUCAUCUAUCUGGCUCGUGAAGAUGGAUUCGUUAUCCAUGUCGAGAUAGAUGAGCACGACCUGUUGACUUCAGUGACUCACGUUGGAGCCAUCAAUACGAAUAUCUCCACGGCGUUCACUACCGCAUACGACCUUUUUGCAGACGUCCUUAUAAUCGGGGGGGACUCGGGUUCUGGUGGCAUUUGGAAGAUUCCCGCUCGCAGUACCUUGGUACACACGAGCACCAUCCCCAACUGGUCUCCCGUAAUCGACCUGGCUACGACGGAUGAAUACCCCUCUUGGACCGCGGAAGCCCAGGCUAGCGAAUUAAAUUCGAUACGAAGAGGUUCGUCAAGUGCUUUGAGAAAGCCUGACCGUAUAUUCUGCACUGCAGGUCGUGGACCUAACUCGAGCCUGACCGAGCUACGAUGGGGAAUCCAGGCUAGAAUUGGACUGGAGUUCGAGUACGAUCAACCAGUUCGACAGUCGUGGAUGUUUCCAGUCGAGAUCCGCGGCGAAAUGGGUUUCUACGCUGUCCUAUCCCUACCGCACUCGUCCGAUGUGCUUCAUCUCUCCAGCGAUUUUACCAAUGCCAACGCCUUGACUCCAGACGCCUCACCGUUUGACACAACCUCCCGGACUAUCUAUGCUGUCCACAAUGCACACGGGACUAUAGUGCAGAUUACAGAGGCAUCCGUAACUCUGGUUGCUCCAUCGCAAAGCUCGCGACACAACCACGCCGACAUCCUUAGACUGGGCGACAUUAUGGCCGAGAACGCCUUUUGCAAGGAUGACCUCGUGGUGAUUUCUAGCCACAAGGACCAGGCAUCUCAGCUCCACAUCCUAGAAAUAGACCAGAUGAACGUCUCGCGAGCUAUGUCAUGGGACGCACAAGGAGAAGUCACUUGCAUUUCCAUAUUCACAUACUCAGAGCAGACUUUGAUCGUAUCGGGUUCGGUGAUGGAUGGAUCUCCUUGGAUAUCGAUUUAUUCCUCUGAAGGUGGCGCGAUUGUCAGCGAGGCAUUGAACGAUGUCAAUGGCAUGGCGCCCCAUGGCCAGAUGGAAGCUUUUACAAGCAUCUCAGUCUUGACGGAGGGAGUGGAUGAUGUUGUCCUCGUCUUCGGCACUCGGAGCGGCCACCUAGUCACUGGCAGAGUCGGCCAACAAGGCACUAAGCGAAUAUCAUUCUCUGUGGAACGUCUGGGUAUGGCUCCCGUGAACGUGUUCACCGCCUCUCACCCCUUUGGCGGAGAUGCUGCAGUCUUUGCUUGCUGCGACAACAGCUUGAUUGUCAUGACGGACUUUUCUCAGCGACACCUCCGGUUUCAAACGAAAAAUCCCAUUUGGCCGACAGACUCGAAUGACUCCUCUCUACCAUCACCGCCAAUCCACUCGGUUCACUGCCUUGAACAGAGUCUGUCCGGAUAUCGUGGCCACAUGUCUUUGAUGAUGUUGGCAGGGUCUCGUAUACUUCUCGCGGAGAUGUGGCCCCAUGUUGGCCCAGUGCCUCGAAACAUCCCGCUUGAAGGGACACCAUUCAGGGUCAUUUAUUCUCAGACAUGGAAAUGUUUCAUUGUUGCACAUCUGAAGAAUCAUGGCCCGACGCUCUCAUUUGUGGAUCCAGACUCUGGGGAGAUCAUCUCUAGCCCUGCUGACAAGGACAUGCAAUCAUCCGAGUAUAUUUCGGGACUGGGGCAACCUGGGGAUAAGGUGUUUGGACUCAGCGAGUGGCUCUACGUCAAAGACGGGAGGACCUUCUGCUUCAUCAUCGUGACAACACAGCAGGGCCUGCUACUGAUCGUAUCGGUUACAGUCGAAGAAAUUGAAACUAGCAACGGCAGGGUCAGACACCUACGAUAUUGGACCCGAUACAAGAAGAAGGGAUUUGAAGAGCCUAUCUAUUCGGUUGUGGGAGAUGCAGCAGGCCUACUUUUCUGUGUCGGCAGCGUCUUGCACUGGGAAGUUCUCGACCUCGUGGACAAGAAAUUGAAGCCGAUGAAGCAGUUUCAACUCGACUCUCCAGGGGUAUCAUUGCAGAUAACGAAUGGCAAGGUUUGUGUCUUGACCACAAGUCAUUCCUUGCAAGUAGUAGACUUGCACGUGGAAUCAGAAGCGACAGAUAUAUCACUCAUCCAUAGUGAUCAAGUGACGCGAUAUACUUGGCACCUGAUUGAAGUGGGAGACUCGGUUGAACGGUCAAGGAAGUGGCCAGUCAAUCUCGUCUCAACCGGGCAAGGUGGUAUCGCGGGUUUGUGGGUGCCCUGGGGGCAGCGGAACAAGGAACUCGGUGUGGUUUUCGAGGGAAUACUGCCGACUUCGGUGAGGAGGUUCCGGCGAGGGCGCACCCGUCCACUAUGGUUGAGUGUGGAUCGCGAACGUCGCUAUAAUAGCUUAUCCAGCACGGUCGAUGGGGCAGAGAUCUUGGGAAUCUCCCUGGAUGGCUCACUGCAACACUUUUCACUGAUUGGGCUGGAACUUUGGCGGUUCCUGCGCUUGAUUCAAAAUCUGGCCCAACUUACUCCAGCGAUAUGCCCGUUCACAUAUGAUGGUUUCUCGAAGCCAGACGCGGAGAUGGACAUGGAUCUGGACCUGGAUCUGGAGCCUCAACCGUACCCUGAUAUGAUGCACAUCAACGGCGAUGUGUUGCGGCGGUGCCUCGACCUCCGAGCACUGGAGAACCUCACAACUUUUGGAGACGGGCUCGAUCUGUUUUACGAGUACCUUGAUGAUAUCGGCGAUGGGGCUUACACCGCGGGUUUCCGAGACGGCGUGGAGGACGGGCGGGAAAGAUACUUCGAGCUGGGCUACGACAUCCUGACGUAUCUCCUGGCACCAGUAUUUUGA